AUGGCUUGGUCACAUGGUUCCCUAGCACUAAAAAUGGCGGCUAUCAGGGACGAUUUAAUCCUUGAAGGAGAGUUCGAGUUACUGGCCAAGAAAAAACUCACACACAGAGUGACUUUGACUCGCAGUGGCCUUUUCUUUCACUUAGUUUCAAACAGUAGCACUACGUACCAGGAAAAAUGUGUAAAAAUAAGUGAUAUAAUUGGUUGUCAUGGCUUUGAACAAUGCCUCAAUGUUAACAAAAGUACGUCUUCUGCACACCACGGGAGUUCAAGCGAGUACAAAAAUGGCGAAGCUAAACCUUUUCGAUAUAUUCCACAAAAUACAGACGCAUCGGCUUGUGGUUUUGUUGUUUUUGCUUACCCGUUUAAAAAGAAAUUAUUUUCAAAUAAGAAAGUGCGAACUAAACAAGUGUUGGUAUUUGAGGUUCCUACCGAUUCAGUGGAAUUGUUGGACAAAAGAAAGACAGUUGCAGAAACCUGGCGCAACAUCAUUAAUUGUCUUUCUCGAGGAUUGCCUGUCAAUGUGAAUGACAUUGCUAGCUGCGUGCCGCCACCAAGAGGAAGAAUGUUGCUGCUCAUUAACCCACACAGUGGACCAGGCAAAGCUUAUACCAUCUUCAAGAAUGAGAUUGCCCCCCUGUUGUUUGAGGCAUCCAUUCCAUACAAAACUAUAGUGACAGAGUAUGCUGGACACGCAGGUGAACUCAUGAAGACUAUCAAUCUGGCUGAGUGGUACGGUGUGGUCAUUGUCUCUGGAGAUGGUUUGCUGUUUGAGACCAUCAAUGGUAUCAUGCAGCGGGAUGACUGGGCCACAUCUGUCAAGUUCCCUAUCGGUUGUUUGCCUGCAGGAUCAGGCAAUGCUUUGAGCUGCUCAAUUAAUUAUGCAGCAGGAGAACCCGUGGACUCCUUCUUGGUCUUACAUGCCACAUUUGUGCUGGUGAAACAUCGUGUUGUUCCUAUGGAUCUUGUGGUGAUACAUAUUCCUGACCGCACACUCUUCUCCUUUCUGUCUGUCACCUGGGGAAUUGUGGCAGACAUCGACUUCGAGAGUGAGAAGUACAGGACACUGGGCGAGGCCCGAUUCACUGUUGGAGCUAUUAAACGAAUUAUUGGUCUCCGUAGCUACAAAGGACGUGUUUCAUUUUUACCGGUUGCAGAAUAUAUGGCAAAAGAUGGUACUGGUUCAAGUAAGGUUUUAGCUAAAGUCAGGCGGUUGUCUCUAGACAGUAGAAGCAGUAGCAAGGGCACGUUCAACUCAGAGGAUAGCAACAGCUCUUUGGGUUGCAAUAGCAAGAUCUUUGUUGCUCAGAGUGAGCGCCAGCUGGAUUCUGUAGGAGGUGCAGGGGAUUCAUUUGUGAAAACUGGUGUUGUUACUACAGGUGGAGAUGAUAGCUGUGAUCUCCAUGAAGACAGUUCUGGCAGUGGUGGGGGUGAUGCUGGUCAGAUCAGAAAAGAAUCUUGCGAAAUCAAAGAUAUAAACACGACCUCUCAGGACACCCAACUGUUUGAUUCUACCAGCUCUCCUGAACUAGAUGUACCUCCUGGGAGCAUCAACAAUCCUGGCCUUGUUGACAGUGAAAACACAACAAAUCUUCAGCAGGAUGUACAUUUAAAGGAACACAAUGCACAAGCAUCAAGGAGCCCAGUCAAUGGCUGCAGCGUACAACAUCACUCCAGCAUGACAAUUAUAUCAGAUGCUAAAGAAAUCAGUGUGGAACAGGAGACUUACCAUGUGAACAAAGCCAAGUCUACUGCAGUUCCAACUCCUUUGUUGCACCCUUUAGACCAAGAUGUGCCCUCUAACUGGGUGACCUUAGAUGGGAACUUUAUCCUGGCAAUUGCGGUUUACCAGACACACUUAGGCAGUGAAAUGUUAGCAGCACCUGACGCCCACCUUUCAGAUGGACUUAUACACCUGAUGAUGAUUAGAGAAGGAAUUUCUAGAAAUGCUCUUAUGAAUCUGUUUCUUACUUUUGACCAGGGCCGACACAUUUAUUCCCCUUAUGUCGAGGCAGUGAAAGUGCUGGCCUUUCGUAUUGAACCAGCAACCAAAAAUGGAAACAUCAUGGUGGACGGGGAGCGGUUCGAUCCAACGCCGAUACAGGGUCAAAUUUUGCCAGGUGUAGCACGUGUCAUGGCUAUCAAGUAA